GAAAACCAUGAAGAGCUGAGCUGUGUGGAAACAGCUGGGGAUUGCAGUGUGUGCUUGUAAUACUGUAAUAUACAGCGAGGAAGUCAAUGAAAUCAGACUCAGAAUUUAUAAAUAAGACUAUCAUCAGGAAGGCUUUAUGUGCUCCGAGCCGCUGGACUUCCGACUGUUUAGAGAGACUGCCGGUGCUAUACAGUUGAUUCUUUUAUUGCAAAUAUGGGUGUGAUCGGCGUGCAGCUGGUGGUUACCAUGGUAAUGGCCAGUGUCAUUCAGAAAAUCAUACCUCACUAUUCCUUUGCCCGCUGGUUGCUCUGCAGUGGAAGUUUGCGGUGGUAUCAGCAUCCUACGGAAGAUGAGCUGAGGAGUCUUGCUGGGAAACAACAAAAGGGAAAAAACAAGAAAGACAGGAAGUACAAUGGACACAUAGAAAACAAACCGCUGACCGUCCCGAAAGAUAUAGAUCUGCAGCUGGAAACCAAGUCCAUUACUGAAGUGGACACACUGGCUCUGCACUACUUUCCUGAGUACCAGUGGUUGGUGGAUUUCACAGUUGCAGCUACGGUCGUGUACCUCAUUACUGAAUUCUACUACAGCCUGGUGGGUCCCUCUAAUGAAAUGAACAUCAGUGUAGUAUGGUGUCUGCUGGUCCUGGCCUUUGUAAUGAAGGUCCUCUUCUCAUUGACAGCUCACUACUUUAAAGGGGAGGAAGGAGGAGAGCGAUCCCUCUGCAUCACAUUUGCAUUUUUCUUCUUUGUAAAAGCCAUGGCCAUCCUAAUCAUAACAGAGAACUACUUAGAGUUUGGAUUGGAAACAGGGUUUGCUAAUUUUUCUGAAAGUGCUGUGCAGUUUCUUGAAAAGCAAGGCCUGGAUUCCCAGGGCCCUAUAUCCAAGCUAACGUUCAAACUCUUCCUGGCUUUGCUGUGCUCUCUGAUUGGUGCUUUCUUAACAUUUCCUGGCUUGCGUUUAGCUCAGAUGCACCUGGAUGCACUGAAUCUGGCAACAGAAAAAGUAACACAGACUUUACUACAUAUCAACUUUUUGGCUCCUUUAAUUAUGGUACUGCUGUGGGUGAAGCCUAUAACCAAGGACUACAUAAUGAACCCAACGCUGGGUAAAGAAAGCGUGCCAUUAAUGACAGAGGCCACCUUCGACACCCUGCGCUUGUGGGUCAUUAUCCUGCUGUGCUUGCUGAGGCUGGGCUUAAUGCGCCGCCACCUCCAGGCAUACCUGAACCUGGCCCAGAAGUGCGUGGACCAAAUGAAGAAGGAGGCUGGGAGAAUCAGCACAGUCGACCUGCAGAAAAUGGUUGCUCGUGUGUUUUAUUAUCUGUGUGUGAUAGCCCUUCAGUAUAUGGCACCUCUGGUGAUGUUGCUUCACACAACACUGCUGCUAAAAACGCUAGGUGAUCACUCCUGGGGUGUUUACUCUGAGCCUGAGGGGCUGAUACACCCUGAUCAGAUGCCUGCUGCCUCUCUGCCACUCGCAGCUCCUGAAAACACAAAGGUCUCUGUGGCACAAAUAACAAUGGCGCUAGGCAGCCUUAGGAACGUUUUCACUCCACUGCUCUUCCGUGGGCUUCUCUCCUUCCUCACCUGGUGGAUCGCUGCCUGCUUGUUUUCUACCAGUCUUUUCGGGCUUUUUUACCAUCAGUACCUAACUGCUGCAUAAGAACGAGAUUCCGGGAAACUUCAAAAGCAGGAAGUGAAAGGUCCCAGGUAGCAGAUGAGGUGGAGACGGAGGAGAUCUUUUAAAAACAAAAAAAAUUAAAAAAAGAAACAAAAAAUAAUAAUACCUGUGGUCAUAGCAUAUCGGUAGAGUACCUUUUUCAGUGCUUCCUAUAAGAUUUUCAGGAUGCGGAAAAAACAAAACCUAAAGAAAAAAAUGAUAUUGAGGUGAAGGUAACUGAAUGCUGAUUUCUAAUGGAGACCGUCAAGCAAGUGAACAACAUGUCUCUGAUGUUGGGCCUUUUUGUUUCGACAUCGAUUGCCGGCUUCAAAAAAAUAAAUACAAAAAAGAAUACCAUGUUUUGAUCACGUGACACCUGUUAGGGCCGCUUUAGAUACAGUUUAUACAGGAUCUACAGAACUUAAACAGGUAUAUAUUGAUGGAAUGUGAACAAAGUUUUUAAUGUUACAUCUUGAUUUUUUAAUGUAUUAUUAUUAUUUAAUUUAUUCAGUAGAAACUGAGCCAUAUUUAACAAAAGUCAGAUGUAUGUUUCUGUUGGAAAGAAGAUUAUACUUUUCACAGCUAUGUGGGGAUUCAUAAACGGUUUAAUGCUACUGUAUAUUACAGUACAGCAAGAAGCCGUGAUGCCUGGAGCGUGUGUGACUGAAGGUGAGACUUUUUCACAUUGAUGUAUGCAAGCAUGAGUGCUGCCAGUUGAAGCAGUGUUAAAGUAAUACAAUAAAGGGCAUUUUGACUGUGUUAAUGGCCAUAAACUGAAGGGUGCGUUGUUAUGAGAAGCUCCAAAUCUGUCUGGAGCUGCAGUGUCACAUUUUAAAAUGUAUGGAGUAGAGCCAAUGCGUUUCAUCACUGAAGUAAACCAUUGAAUCCUUAAGAGACGGUCCUUGCAUACGGUCCAGUCUUUUCCUUUGCUUCAUAACAAAUCCUGCACUUUUAGAAUGAGGGUGACCAUAAGGGUUUUGGUUGUGUUUUUUUCUUUCCUGGCAUUAGAUUCCCUUUACUGAAAAGUGGCUGUGGUAGUCCCAGAAUAAGCCCAGGUCAUUAAAUAGCACAUCCAGUCCUUUACUUUUAAGCUUCUUGUGUUGGGGAGCAUGAGCAAUUUAUGAUGGAGUUUUGACAAAAUGUUUGAGAACUGCCAUUGAAGGUUACUGUUGACUUGUUUCUGUAAUACAAUAACACGCAGGUGUAUUUGUUUUUGUUCUUCCUGAGAGGGAACCUUUUUAUUGAUGAUGCAGCAUUUUUUAUAAGGAAAAGGUUUCAGAAUGUACACAACUUUCUAUGUAGAAGCUUAGAGCCUUCCUUUCUACAUCAUUUCAAUAAGUAUUCAAGUUCUCUAAUGAGUUGCUUUUUACUAGCUUGUAACAAAAUACAUACAUACUCUAGUACAUGUGUUUUUUGCGCUGGUAUUAUCUAAAAGAGCCUUGAAUUUAGCAAUAAACCUGGCUGGCAUGUAUACAAUUAUUACUUUUUUUUUUACAUACUGUACAAUACCGUACACACACAUGUCCUUUACAUCACUGUACAGCUAAACUGUUCACUUCACACCACUUGUUUCAAGGUUUACAUAAAGGAUUAUUUGGCAUUCUUAAAAAAACAAACAAAAAAAACCCCAGUAUAAAUCUAUACUGUAAUCAAUCACCAUAUCCACAAGAACAUUCCAAACUGUGCAAUGCAGCACUUAAAGAAAUGCACCACUCUUGCUGCACAAACACUGUCAUGUCUUAAAAGAACAAAGACGGAAAUUGCGCCUCAAGUUUGGAGGUUGCUACUGAGGGGGUCCUUAUUUGCGAAACUUGUUUUUAACUGAUUGCCUAAAUCAGAUCUGAAUUUAAACAUGAGCUGUUUUUUAAUCUAAGCUGUUCUACACAGGUCUUUGUAGACUUAGCAACAACAGUAAUUAUGUAAACAUUUUGUAAGCAUUGUUUUAAUGUCGCAUAUUAUUUGUUCACUCGCUGGGAUGUUUUUUACAGCACAGAAUAAAGUAGUACAAUGUAUUUAUCCCUGUUUUUAUACUUUAAUUCUAAUAUUUGAGUGUAAUUUAAUGUUAGUUAGUUUGUUAAAUCAUUUCCUUGGUUUAGGAAAAGGAAUAAACCUGUGAUUUAGAUUGAACAAUCAAAGCACCUGACGUUUAUUUACUGUGACAAACCCGCCACUUGUUUGAAAUAUUUUAGUAUUCAUGUUAUGAAGUAUUAAUCGUGGCUAAUUGCAUAUUAUUUCAUCUAUCCACAUCUAGAAUUUAAAAGCAACAUGGCAAAUCUGCUGAUUCAUGAACGAACUCUGAGUACGAUUGUUUUUUGAGCAUCAAGGAGAAAAGCACAACAUGUGGCAAGUGGUGUGCCACAUUUGAUAUCCCUUAUAAAAGUAUUAUCAUAACGCAUAGGUAAGCAUUGUGAAGUACAGAGGUGUGGUAAAACAUGGUAAACUAUGAUAAAUGCAUAGUAUGCCCAUGGGUAGAGUGCAAAAUGUUGCCAGUGAAGGGGCCAUGCACGAGUGAAGUGGUUCUCAAACCACAGUCCAGGGAACCUCUGCAUUAUAGGAUUUUAAGUGGGUUGUCUUAAGCUAACUGGGUGCAGGAGUAGGGUUAGUUUUAAAGAUGGAGGAAAAUUAUUUUAAUAUCUUAUUGAAACCUUUCCCAGUUUUGAAGUGUUGCGACCAUAAACAGCUGCCCAUAGACAAAUAAUGAACCAUUUCCUGCGGUUUUUAAACAGUAAGGUUUAAUCAAAAUCCCUGUGUUAACAAGCCUGAUUCUUUCCCUGGUUUAUGCUGGUUGGUAUUCUAUAAAUCGUCCAUCCAAGAAUAUAUUGGCGCACACGUUGAUUUAAGUGCUCCGUGAAACCAUUAUUACUUUAUUGAACCUCCACCUCUCAACUCACCCAAGUGUCAUCUUUAGCAGUUUUUUAUAAGUGGCAUUGUAGUUUACGUUUACUAUAUAUAUAUAUAUAUAUAUAUAUAUAUAAUAUUUUUUUUUUUUUUGGGGGGGGGGCGGGGAGUUGUUUUCAUAUUCAUUAAAUCUAUUUAAAAAAAUGUUCAAUUGUUAGAAAAGGAAAUGUAUUCAGGAAGAAAACAAAUGUUGAAAAACAGAAUUUACUAUUAGGGGCACAGCGCAGUGUACAUGUGGAGUAAUGUCGUUUUUUUUUUUUUGCACAGCUGUAAGUAAUAAGAUUAACUUAUAAAACCUCAAUCGUAUACCACUGUUCAAUAUGUUGCCAUCACACCUGACAGGUUUAUAUAGAUGCAUAUAUUUAUGUCUAAUAUUAGUUGGAUGAUAACGAAGGGGCGCUAUUCCAAAUUACAUACUACUGCAGCAGCAAGCCUUCAGCUACCAAGAAAAAAAAAAGUAUUUAUACUGAGCUUCUCUGGCAUAUAAAUCUGCAAGUAAGCAUGACUUAUGGGCUAGCAUAUUCUAAAAUACCCAGUAUGCUAUGAGUCUGGAGUUUUAAACAGAGAAAAAGCAAAAAAGAAAAGCAUUAACUGGCAGGUCAACCUUCAUUGGAUUAAUAAAAUGAGUGGAUUUGUAUGUCUACCCAUAUCAUUUAAGGGAUCUCCAUAGUGUGGUGUAUUUUGAUCAUUCAAUAUUUUUUGAAAAAUGUUUUCCAAUCUUAAGAACUUAACCUGUUGUGCUAUCAAUUACAGAUAAUUGAUUACAUUUUCAGUUAAUAAAUCAUCCUACACGUUUCUACUGUAUAGAAAUAUUUCCAGUUUCACAACAUUUUGACCAUUCUUACCAGUGCGCCUUUUUUGUUUUUAUUGUUUGUUUAUUUAUUUUUUAUUCUGCAGAUGUGUGUGGAGGAAUAUAAGGUUUAUAAAUACAAGGGAGUACUAAAUCAUACCAUCUCCACAUAAUUGCAACUAUUAAGGGACUGGAACCUUAAACACACCUUGUGCGUUUUAAUACUAGAUCACUCGGUCAAAUCAGGAAUUACAGAAAUGGGAACCAGACCCCACGUUAUGUGCGUAUGGUGCAAAUCUAGGAGAAACCAUCCCUUUUAACACAUUAUUAAUCAGAGGGGAUAGUAGAUUUUCACACCUGAAGACCCAAGCCUUCUGUUAAAUGAUUUGAUUAUAGAGUAAGUAGCAUUUUAUUUGUUAAACAUUUCCUUCCUGUUUUAUGGUGUGUGGUUCUGGGUUCUGUUGUUGUUGUUCUAUUGAGUUCUCAUUGUUCUCUAAAACUGCAGUUACUUGCUUUGUGCUGGAGCUUGAGAUUCUUAUGGAAUUUCUUCCUCAUUCCAUUCAAAUCAUGUGCCAAUGUUACCUUUCAAUGAAGGCUGUUAGCUGCAGACACUUAGGAUUCUCCAAACAAAGAGGUAGAUAGAAAAAAAUAAUUGUAAUAAAAAUAAAAAACGAUUGUGACCUUGUUCCAAAAGGGUGGUAGUCCCUUUUUUUGUUAAGUAUUGCACUACUUAGGCUUAUGGCCUUAUGUUGAUUUUUAACUGUCUAGCAUUGUUGAAAUUCUGUGGGUGGUGGUGUGUGUGGGGGUAUUUUUUUUUUUUUUUUUUUUUUUUUUUGUAUAUAUGGUACAUCAUUUCGCAUGAUUUACUGAAACAAUUAAUAUUGGGUUAAGAGGUGAAGCAUUUCCACAUAUUAAUAAUACCAAAGAUCACCACCUUUUUAAAUCUAAUUGUUUUUGUUUUGUGCUCUUUAAAAUUUUUAAAUUAAACUUCUGAGCAGUGGAAGUCAGUAGAAAAGGAAUAAGAUGUAUUGGUAAAGAAGCAAAAACAAACAAAGCAAAUCUGUAUAUGGGUUUUCUUUUUCCUUUCUUUUUUCUUUUAGCAUGCCUUGUAUUCUUCUGAAUUGAUUCAAAGAAGAAAUGUGUGUUUGUUGUUUUUAUUUGUUCCAGUUCCAAGUAAAUACGCUAACCAACAAUACUUUUAACUGUUUGAUUAUUUCUACUGAUCUGCAAAUUAAUAAUUUUAUACCAUGUUGUUGUCUGGAGUUCCUGUAAAUGUACAGAUUCUAAAGUAAAUUAAAGUGAUUUUUUUAUUUAA